AAGCAGCACAGCAACGGCACAACACAACCCCAAACAAACCCCGUAGAAGAACCAAAACGUCCCAAACAGAAACCACCCGAGAAAUCCUCCUCCUCUAAAUCUCCAGCCCAAGGAGCGCAAUCGCCACCCAAAAUCAAAUGGAGCAACUCGGAGGCAAGAAGUCGAACAAGAUCACGGAGAUCGUGCGGCUGCAGCAGAUGCUGAAGAAGUGGCGCAAGAUGUCCGUCACCCCGAAGGUCGAGACGGUCACCGCCGGCGGCAAUGGCGUCGGCGGCGGCGGGGAGAGCAAGGCGAAGAAGUUCUUGAAGCGGACGCUGUCCUUCACGGAGAGCCCUUCCUCGUCGCCGACGGGCCCGCCGCCCAAGGGCCACCUGGCGGUAUCCGUGGGCCCGGCGCAGCGGCGGUUCGUGAUCCCCACCGAGUACCUCAAGCACCAGGCGUUCGCGGCGCUGCUCCGGGAGGCCGAGGAGGAGUUCGGGUUCCAGCAGGAAGGCGUGCUCCGGAUCCCCUGCGAGGUCCCCGCCUUCGAGGCCAUCCUCAGGGCCGUCGAGAAGAACAAGAGCGGCGGCGGCGCCGCCAAGGACUCCUCCUCUGCCAACGCCGCCAACUUCUGCUACUGCAGCUUCGAGUACCCCGCCGGCGCCGCCGACGAGGUCGGCCGCGGCACGCCCCCGUUGUGCAGAUAGACGGCGGAGAUCGAGGAAAGCCUACAGAAAUUAAUGUUAUUUUUCUUUUCUGUUCUUCUUUUUUAUUUUGAGUCCGCGUGUGUUUUUUCAGCGUUGUGAUGAUGGUGAGGGAUGAUUCGACGGUAUCUCCCCCCAGGGUUUAGAAUUACACCACCAUUGUUAUUUUUCCUUGAUUUGAGCUGAUCCGUAGUGGGUAAUGCGGCCCCUAUUAACGGUGUCAUGGGAAGAUUGAUGUGGAAAUUGAAGGAUGAUUUGUUUUUCUUUCGUC